AUGCGACUCUCGUCCUUCCUCACCGCCACCGUCCUUCCGUUGGUACUCAGCGCCGCCCCUGCGUUGGCGGAGCACACCUCCAACUGGGCGGUUCUGGUGUCUACCUCGCGAUUCUGGUUUAACUACCGCCAUUUGGCCAAUGUCCUCUCUCUAUACCGCACGGUCAAGCGCCUGGGAAUCCCCGAUUCGCAGAUCAUCCUGAUGCUCCCCGACGACAUGGCCUGCAACCCGCGUAACGCGUUCCCUGGAACGGUGUACAGCAAUGCCGACCGGGCGGUGGAUUUAUACGGAGAGAACAUCGAGGUGGAUUACCGUGGCUAUGAAGUGACGGUGGAGAACUUCAUUCGACUGCUCACCGACCGGCUGGAUGAGGAUGUGCCGCGCAGCAAGCGCCUGGGCUCCGAUGCAGGCAGCAACGUCCUCGUCUACAUGACUGGGCACGGCGGAGAUCGAUUUCUGAAGUUUCAGGACUCGGAGGAAAUUGGCGCGUGGGAUCUGGCGGACGCCUUUGGCCAAAUGUGGGAGAAGAAACGAUACCACGAGCUGCUGUUCAUGAUCGACACGUGCCAGGCCAACACCAUGUACACCUACCUGUAUUCGCCCAACAUCAUCGCGACGGGCUCCAGCGCGUUGGACCAGUCUUCGUACUCGCACCAUGCCGACAAUGACGUCGGAGUCGCCGUCAUCGAUCGCUGGACAUACUAUGUGCUAGAAUUCCUCGAGACGCAGGUCACCACGCCCAAUUCGAAGCUGACCCUGGGCGAUCUCUUCGACUCGUACGACGAGACCAAGAUCCAUUCACAGCCUGGAGUGAGAUGGGACCUGUUCCCCGGCGGCGAGCAGGAAGGUCGCCUUCGAACCGUGGUCGACUUCUUCGGCAACGUCCAGAACGUGGAAGUGGAAACAAAUUCGACGGAGCCAGGCUCCUUGAAGGAAGAUCUCGCCGAGAUCGCGAAGCUGGUCGAGAAAUGGCGCAAGCGGGACCAGGAAUACCUCGCCUCUCUUCAGGCAGACAGCAACAACAGCAGCCAUCAUCAUCAUGUUGUUGGCGCAGACCAACAGAAAGCCCAGCCAUCUCCUUCAACGUCGCAGAAGAAAGCUGCCGCUCCUGUCGCCAAGAUGACAGACGAAGACAGCUGGACGAAGCGUCUUGUCGGGCUGACUGUCCUGGGCGCGGGCGCCACCAUCUGGCUAGCUGGGUCGAUACUGGGCAAGUCAUGA